AUGUUUACUGAAUCCACAGUAGAACCGCUAUCCAUUGCCCCACCGUGCCGUCCCAUUACACCACCGUUCCGUCCCAUCACACCACCGUGCCGUCUCAUUACUCCACCGUGCCGUCCCAUCACACCACCGUGCCGUCCCAUUACUCCACCGAGCCGUCUCAUUACUCCACCGUGCCGUCCCAUUACUCCACCGUACCGUCCCAUUACUCCACUGAGCCGUCUCAUUACUCCACCGUGCUGUCCCAUCACACCACCGUGCCGUCCCAUUACUCCACUGUUCCGUCCCAUCACACCACCGUGCCGUCUCAUUACUCCACCGUGCCGUCCCAUCACACCACCGUGCCGUCCCAUUACUCCACCGAGCCGUCUCAUUACUCCACCGUGCCGUCCCAUCACACCACCGUGCCGUCCCAUUACUCCACCGAGCCGUCCCAUUACACCACCAUCAUUUUCUUUCUUUCUUUUUUCUUCUUUUUCUUUCUUUCUUUCUUUCUUUCUUUCUUUCUUAUAUGCAUUUAUUUGA